AAAGUUUUUAACUUAUUGUUUUGAAGAAGGUAUAUAUAUUCAAAAUUAUUAUUCGAUAGCUGUAAAAAAAUAUAAAAAUGACAAUGAAACACGAGGAACUAAGAUAUGCUCAUGAUGAAGGUCACACCGACGUCUGUUUUUCUGAAGAUGGAAGUAAAUUUGUUACAUGUGGAGCUGAUGGAGACAUUCGAAUAUGGUCUACAGAUGAAGGGGAAGACCCAAUCCAUAACUGUGUUGGGGAAUGGGCCUUAUCUGUUGCACAAAAGGGUGACAGCAUAUAUGUGGCUACUGGGAGUAAUGAUAUUCAAAUCCUCUCUUUAACUGAUGGUGAUAGAAAUGGAGUUUUAGAACGAUAUGUUGCACCUGUAAAUCAUAUAGCAGUAGACAGACACAGCAAGAUGUUAGCAUUAGCUGGAGAGGAUAUGGAAGUGAAACUUAUUAAUUUGGAGAAGACAGAAAAGGAAGUAAUAAUAUUUGAGGGAAUGUCGGGACCCUGUUUAAGUGUUUCUGUAUCAUCAAAAAUAAAGAAGGUUGCAGCUUCGUCUGGAGAUACUAAAUUGAGAGUGUGGGAUAUAGAAAGUAAAGAAUUAAUAAAAGAAAUUAGCUGUUUCCCAAAAACUAAUAGUUUUUCCAAUGCUAAAGUACUGUGUCGAAUUGCCUUUGAACCAACAGAAGGAAAGUAUUUAGCCUACCCUGAUAAAAGUACAGUUGUAGUACUUCAGGUUUCAGACUGGUCAGAAAAGGCAAAAUUAACUUCAGACAAAGUGUCUUCACAAUAUUCUAUUGUAACAUUUUCUCCUUGUGGAAAGUACAUUUUGUCCUCUUCACUUGAGGGAGAUUUUGUAAUCUGGAAUGUAGCUACUAGAGAAGUAUUAAACUUUAGUAAACAUGAAAAAUCUGUAGCUGUAUGUGGUUUAACAUGGAAUCCUUUAGGAAAUGGUCAAGUAGUAUAUACAGAUGUUGAGGGCCAGUUGGGAGUUAUGGAGUGCUCAGUAAAAAGUCUUCCGACUAAUUUAGAAGAUGAUGCUUUUGCUGAUGAUGUGAACUUUGAUAAUGUUCCAUUUGAUGAUGAUGACGACGAAGAUAAUGAAAAUGUCUUCUCUGUUAGUAAAUUGAAGAAGCAGUUCAUGGGAGAUGAUGACCAAGAAUUAAAAUCUAUCGCAGGUUCUUCUCGUGCUCCAACACCAAGACCUCGCACUCCAGAAAUUCCUCUCCAACCUCCAUUUAUGCCGUCUUCUACAUCAGAGCAUUUAGAUCCUAGAUAUAUGUGCUGGAAUGAUGUGGGUAUAAUUAAAUGUUAUGGAAAUAACUCAGAUGAAUCAGCUAUAAAAUCGAUUGAAGUAGAUUUUCACGAUUCUAGUUUUCAUAAUAGUAUGAUGAUGCAAAACUACCAAGAUUACACUUUGGGAUCCGUUAGUAGGAGUGCUCUCGUAGUUGCUAAUUCUAGUCAAAUUCAUGUAGUACCAUUAAAUGCCAGCUCUAAAGAGUGGAUGUUAAAAAUGGAAGAUGAUGAGGAAAUAGUUCUUGUUGCCGCGUCUGAAAAUCUUGUUUGUUUUGCAAUGGCUAACUACAUAGUAAGAAUAGCAUCCGCUUUUGGUACACAAAGGGGUGUUGUUUCAAUACCUGGUCCAGUAGUAUGUAUGACAGCAUUCAAGGAUUUACUUAUGAUAGCUUUUCAUACAUCGUCAGUAAGAAAAGGAGAUCAGUGUAUAAAUAUUAGAUUAAUCAAGUUUGAAGGUACCUCUAUUAUAUGUAAAGACAUCGGCUCGGCUUUGGGUCCUGAAUCGACAUUGAUGUGGUUGGGAUUUUCUGAUGUUGGUACACCAGCAAUGAUGGAUUCACUGGGCAUGUUGUCUAUGUACCCACAUAAUACAAAUACUUGGAUACCCUUCUGUGAUACUACCAAGCAUCGUCAAAGGCCUGGCGAUGGUUUCUUCGUAACAACUAUCUUCGAAUCCAAUCAGACAGUGGGUGGAAUCAAAUGCAGAGGUACUAUGUAUCCUGGUUUUACACCUCGUCCAACAAUGUGCGAAAUAAGCAUAGAACCAUCAUUUGCGGAAACCACCAAUGACAAAACCCAAAUGGAGAUGAACUUAUUCACAUGGUCGAUGUUGCAGAUACCCGACACUGACAAGAAGUACAAAGAGACAGCUAUAAAAGUAUUUGCAAUAGCCUGCAAGAAUAAUUUGGAGGAAAGAGCUCUAGAAUUGAUGGAGAUUCUUAUGAAUCCUCAAAUAACAACUUUUGCUCUAAAAUUGGCUUCGAAGUUAAACAGAAGAAGACUAAUAGAAAAGUUGACAGAUCUGUUAGCUCGACUUUCCGAAGAAUCAAAUAAUGCUGAUGAAAAAGAGACUGAAAAACAAGAAACACCGUCCGUGGAAAAAUCGGAAACACCAAUCGUGAAACCAGGAUAUAAAAAAUUAAGUUUAAAUUUACAUAAGCGUACUCCGAAAAUGAAAACUAAUAAAUCAGAAGAGGUGCCUGAUACUCCGGACAUUAGUGAAACGUCACAAGCUUCCGAUGUGCAAACCCCUCAAACCGAAACAAGUACAACGAACAGUACCUUCGAUAGUACCUUUAAUGAAACCGUUGUGGAUACUCAGAAAGUAGCACAGAUGGAAGCAAAUGCAAAUCCAUUUUUGAAACGUUUACAAGCCCAGAAAGAGAAAACUAACAACCCUCUUAGCUUGACUGACAAAUUUGCCGGUAUUGAGUAUGAAGUACAAACCAAAGAGAAUAGAAAUAAAAAUACAGAGAGUGGAGAAAAAAGAAAACUUGAUAACCCUGACACUGAAAAACAGAAAGGAAAACAAAUUAAAUUGGAUAUGUUUAAGUUUAAAAAGAAUUCUUAGGUUUCUUAGAAUUUUGAUUUUAUUUUAUAUGUGUAAGAAUCAAAAAGUUUUUUAUUUAAAAAAUUAAACAGAAUUCUAAAAUUGUGUAUAAUAGAUAAAUAAUACUUUCUGUAAUAUUAAAAAUCAAAAUUUU